AUGGGGAAGACCCAGCUCCCCAGCACUCCUCCCCCAGGGCAACCUGGACGCAGACGGGCGACGAGCCAGAGCCAGAGCCAGAGCCGUUUAUUUUUGCCGGCCCCCGCCUCCACCCCUUCCGUAACCUUGGCCGUGACAACUUCCAGCGACGGCCUCGCGAGGGAAAUCUCGCACCACAACAGUCGAACGACAUCAGGCGAGAUGGCCGAACAGAACGGUAUAGAUAUCCUCUGCGACGCUGCCGGCUCCGACCUGUUGCUGGGCUCCAUCUUCGGCGGCGCCUCGCCGCAGGAGCAGCGCACCAAGCGCGUCAAGCUGGCCGACGACGCCUCCUCCCCGUCGUCACCACACGUCUGCCACAUCUGCCGGAGAGUAUACGAGAGAGCCGACCAUCUGACGAGGCAUUUGCGAUCUCACGAGAAUGCGCGGCCCUAUCAAUGUUCGAGGUGCCCCAAGCGAUUCAAUCGAGCCGACCUCUUGACUCGACACGAAACGACCCACGACAGAGACGAUGGCGCAAAGGGGAAAACAAUAAUACGCCGGAGCGACCGGGCCGCAGAGGCGUGCCUGAAUUGUGCUUCAUCAAAGGCAAAGUGCGACGACCAGAAGCCCUGUGGCCGCUGCAAGACCAAGGGCUUAAACUGCCAAACUGCUUCCAAGCGGACGUCGGUAUACGGGAUAUCAGAUGUGAACUCGGCUGUAUCCUCCUCGGAUAGCCCCGACUUAACGAACUCGUCUGGCGCUACAAUGGACUCCAAUACUGCAUCGUCUGUAUACUCGGAACGAAAAGUUCAGUUUCCGCCGGGGCCUACUAUUGCCAUGGACCACGGCAUGUCGGCCAUGCCAUACAGCACGGACUAUACGGUGCCACCGCAUCCGAUGAUGGAAGAUACCACAGAUGAUAUGUUCUAUUUCAAUCCAACUCAUAAUUUCUUCCAGGAUAUGGACUUUACUUCGUCGUGGGAUCUGAAUUUCGACAGUUAUACCAUACCUCAAGUAGAGCUUCAGGGUCCUAGUCCACAGUCGUCAACCACAUCCACCUCGAGACAUAUAGCAAGAGACCCGACCCGUGGAUAUGCCGCCUUCAAGCGUUCGCCCUGGCUCUGGGAGCCAAAGACGCGAGACUCCCUGGGCAGAGAACAGGAAGGCUUGAUGUUCAACGAGAAGACUAUUGCUCACUCACCCGCAUACGAAAAGAUUAUGGCAUCGAACUCGAGCCGCCUGAAAAUGGAGCCUGCCAUAAGAGAUCGACUAUUUGCCCUAGUUUUGGGUCAACACAGAGACCAUUCCAAGGUACCGUCGUUUCCAAGUUUGGAUCUGCUCAACUAUAUGUUACAAGCACAUUUCAUACAUGACGAUUAUCAAACGGACAGCUGGAUUCAUUCGGCUUCAUUCGAUCCAUCACAAGCUAUACCAGAACUUUUGGUAGCUCUGAUAUCAAGCGGGUCGGCAUUCAUCGCAGUGCCUGCAAUAUGGCAGUUCGGCCUUGCCCUACAGGAAGUGGUACGAAUGGGCCUUGCUCAUCGGUUUGAAGCGAACAACGUGCGCACGAGGGAGCUUCAGUAUCUUCAAACUUUCAUGCUCCAGCUCGAUAUCGGUAUCUGGAGUGGUUUUAAAAGGAAAAUGGAAAUAUCAGAGAGUUUUAUCCAGCCGCUGCUCACUAUGAUGCGAAGAGCGGGGACUUUGUCUGCGCCCGCAGAUACUCCCAACUUGAUCCCUUUACCAUCGGACUCUCCAGAAGAGCUCGAGAACAAGUGGCGAAAGUUCGUUCAACGAGAAUCGUACAAAAGGCUUGUAUUACAUUUAUUUUUCCACGAUGCGCAAGGAGCGGUUACUUUCCAGCACGCUCCCUUGAUGUCAUAUACGGAGUUGUGCUUCAGCGUACCAGCGGCUCGGGAUCUCUGGCGGGCACCGACUGCUGAGGCAUGGCGAGAGAUUUAUCUUCGAAAGAAGCCACUUCCCGCAGAGGCUUCGCUUCCUCGGGUAUCAGAGGUGAUGCUAUGCACAGCAAUACUUGAUACAUUCGAAGAGUUCGUUGAUGUUGAGCUGUGCUACAGCGCCAUCCUGUACGGUUUCUUGGGACAGAUUACGGCAUACAGGGAAGCAACCAAGUUCUACCGCCAUGGGUACCCUGCUGCCAAUCAGCGUAACACAACCUUUACUCACCGUCUGUGGUUGACUUCACAACACCAGGAACUCUAUCGCGACGUAUCUGAGUUUGCCGUCUUGGUAAACAGCUCUCCGAAAAUAGCAACACAACUUUCAUUGGUUGCAGACCUCUUCAUGAUGAUUCUGCAUGUUUCUCCGGACGAGCUACAACGCUUCGCCGGCAAGCAAGGCGAAGAUGAAGCGCGAAACGCUGCCAUCUUCUUGGAGGAAAACUGGGUGCGGAGUCGAGACGCGCGCCACGCCGUCUGGCACGCCGGCCAGGUCAUUCGUUACGCACGAAUGCUACCCCCAGCUUCCUUACGCGGUUUCAAUGCCACCGCUGUAUACUUCGCCGCAUUGACGCUGUGGAUAUAUGGGCUGUUGUCAUGCUCAAACUCCACUCAUGGACAGGAUCCCUCUGAGAUGCCGGCGCCUCUGACGUAUGUUUUGGUAGACGGGAACGAGAGCAGGGAGACGAGGGCGUUCCUGCAGUUGGACAAGGGGAAUCCCGGCAUAACCGUCAGUGGUGACAUGCAUUCCGGCGUCGAGUCGCUGUCCAAUCCGGGCAUGGUGCUCAACGUCGCCAGGAAUGUGUUUAGGGACAAUUACCCUGUACGGACAGAGCCGCUGCCGCCUCUGGUAGAGAGUCUAGGGAACCUGCUGAGAGAUCUGGGCACCGGCCCGGCCGGUCGGCCAUCGAGAGUCCAGAGCCGGGCUGUCAGUGAGGAGAGGGUGUGA